GCGCGGCGCCCGGCGUUCCCACAAGGUCGCUUUGCAGAGCGGGAGCGAGCUUAAGUAACUAGUCCCUAGUUCGAGGGUGGGUCGUGUCCUUUUGCCUUGGUACCAGCGGAGACAUGACGGGGUAUACUCCGGAUGAGAAACUGCGGCUGCAACAGCUGCGAGAGCUGAGAAGGCGAUGGCUGAAGGACCAGGAGCUGAGCGCUCGGGAGCCGGUGCUGCCCCCACAGAAGAUGUGGCCUAUGGAGAAAUUCUGGAAUAAGUUUUUGGAGAAUAAAUCCCCUUGGAGGAGAACGGUCCAUGGGGUAUACCAAAAGGGUAUCUUUAUUUUCACUCAUAUACUUGUACCUGCCUGGAUUAUUCAUUAUUACCUGAAGUAUCAUGUGUCUGAAAAACCGUAUGGCAUAGUUGAAACGAAGGCCGGAAUAUUCCCUGGUGAUACAAUUCUGGAGACUGGAGAAGUAAUUCCACCGAUGAAAGAAUUUCCUGAUCAACAUCAUUAAAGAUUAUGUAAAAACUUAAAAGGCUUAUGAGCCUAAAUUUGUUCCUAUAUUACUGUAUUUACUGAAUUUUCCGGAAAAGUAACUUUAAUAAAG